AUGGCUAGCUUGCUUCGUCUCGCUCUCUACCUGGGAGCUUUCCUGCCUGCUGCUCUUGCUGCUCCCACCGCACCAAGCAAGCGUUCAGAGGAGAUACCCGGAAAAUACAUUGUCACCCUCAAGUCCUCUGCUUCUAGUGCAAAGGUCGAGUCUCACCUUCAGUGGGUUGGGGAUGUUCAUCGCCGCAGCCUUUCUAAGCGUGAGACUGCUGGUAUCGAGCGUACCUUCAACAUCAAGAACUGGAACGCCUAUGCUGGACAGUUCGAUGAGGAGACUAUCAAGGAAAUUGAGGCCAGCCCUGAGGUUGCCUUCGUUGAACCUGAUAAGAUCGUCAAGCUCAACUUCGAGCAGUCCAGCGAACUGUCUGACAGGGCCCUGACUACCCAAUCGGGAGCUCCCUGGGGUCUUGGAACGAUCUCCCACCGUACCUCCGGCUCUACCAGCUACAUCUAUGAUACUUCUGCUGGCGAGGGCUCCUAUGCUUAUGUUGUUGACAGCGGUGUUUUGAUUUCUCACUCGCAGUUCGGUGGCCGCGCCGUUGCAGGAUAUAGCAUCUUUUCUGGAGCCAACACUGAUACUCUUGGACACGGUACUCAUGUUGCUGGCACUAUCGCCGGCUCUACCUAUGGUGUUGCUAAGAAGGCCAACAUUGUUUCCGUCAAGGUGUUCCAGGGAGCAGAGGGAACCGAUUCUGGUGUUCUCGCUGGUUUCAACUGGGCUGUCAACGACAUCACCUCCAAGGGCCGCGCCGGCAAGGCCGUCAUCAACCUUUCUCUCGGUGGUGACGCAUCUCAGGCUUGGGUAACUGCUAUUGACGCUGCGUACAACUCUGGAGUCCUCUCUGUUGUCGCUGCCGGAAACGGUGAUGAGGACGGAAACCCUCUGCCUGUGUCUAGCCAAUCCCCUGCCAAUGCAGCCAACGCCAUCACUGUUGCUGCUCUCACCUCUGCCUGGAGACCUACUUCUUUCACUAACUACGGCGCUGGUGUCGAUAUCUUUGCUCCCGGUCAAAGCAUUCUGUCAGCAUGGAUUGGCUCUAACAGCGCCACUAACUCUAUCAGUGGUACUUCGAUGGCAUCUCCCCAUGUCGCUGGUCUCGCCCUCUACCUUAAGGUCCUUGAAGGUCUUACUACACCUGCUUCCGUCGCAAGCCGAAUUAAGGCCCUUGGAACCUCCGGAAAGAUCACUGGUACCCUCUCUGGCAGCCCUAACCUGAUUGCCUACAAUGGAAACGGCGCUUAGGUCUGGAAAGCAU